UUUGUUUUGUUGUAUGUUUUUGAUUAGAAACUGCUUUCGUAAAUUAUCAAUGAAAUGCAGUUAAAAUAAUGAAUAUGUUCAUAAAAAAUAUUUUAUAAUUACAUAAAGUGUGUGUCUAUCCAUUAAGCAGCCAUGAAAUUCCUGUUUUUUGUGCCAAAUUAAUAUAACAUUCAUCAACUUUCUAUUUUGUGAAUGCUCGUGAAAAAUUCCUCUAACAUGGAAAACAAACACACUGUUGUUGAUAAAUUGCUGUGCAUGGCGUGUCUGUGUGUGGGUAGGACCCUGCAGAAAGUUACGGACGAGAGAAUGAAGCGGUUUUACUUGGACACCUUAAAUGAAAUCCCUCUAUGUGAUGUGCCCCAAGUAUGUCCAAACAUUUGUUGGGAGUGUGAUGCUCUGCUGCGGAAAGUGGUUUCUUUCAAGGAACAAGUGAUGGACUCUUACAGGAUUCUUCAAACUUAUACUAAUGAGAACCUCUACGAAUGCCUGCUGACAGACAUAAGCCGUCCACCGCGGCUGCUAGUUAGAGUCAACAGCCCUGUCAACGUUGCCCCGGACUCAGAAGUGAAGCCAAACAUACAGAAGGACUUGCAUCUGACUGUGUAUGUUAAAGAUGAAGUGAAGAUUGAUUGGGAUGAUGAUAGAGAUGACCUAGACAUAACACCAGCUGAACUAGAGGACCCAGUGGUGGAUGACCUAGAGGAUAUUAAGAUAGUGAAGACUGAGACUGAGAAGAAACGGAAAAAGAAAGUGAAAAAAACUGGUUUAAAGAAUAAAGCUAAGAGACAUAAACAAAAAUCCGACGGCAAAAUAAUAACCAUAGAGCUAUCCUACGAAGAAAUGUUAGCGGAGCGAGAGAAAGAGGCGACCAGAGACAACUACCUGAAGGCCCAGUACAAAUGUACUACAUGUAUUAUAGGAUAUAACUAUAUCAAGUCAUAUGAGGCACAUAUGACAAAUAAACAUUCUUCUUGUUUGGGCGAAUACAGCUGUCCAAUAUGUAAAACUGUCAUUUCAUCAGUGGACUCAUUCACCGCUCACUACAAAAGGCACAUGAGAAGGUACGAGUGCAGUAUAUGCCAUAAACGCACCCUGGACAUGAAAGUGAUGCAACAACAUUAUUAUUCCACUCAUGAAAUAUCACUUAAACAAUACAAGUGCAAUCUCUGCGGGAAAAUAUCCAAUUCCAUAGAUUCCCAUCGGUACCACAAGGACACGCACAAGGCGCGGGUGCAGUGUCCUGAAUGCGACAAGAACUUCAGCCACAGAGCCGGCCUCAUGAACCAUCGGCUUGCAGUUCACGAGCUACAGAACGCGUUCCCAUGCACCGUGUGUGAGAAAGUGUUCAGAUGGAAAGCCAGCUUGAAGCGACAUAUGGAGAAACAUCACGUUAAGGACAAGAUGGCGUCAGCGGCGUACUGCGCCGCGUGCGGGAUCAGCUUCUCAUCCAUGUGCUCGUACCAGCGCCACAUGAAGAACAGCCUCAAACAUGUCACUCAGGAACAGCUCAGAUUUAUCUGUGACCACUGCAACAAGCGUUUUGCGGACAAGACGAAGCUUCGGGACCAUAUAGAAGAGAAACAUUUACAUAGAACCUUCCAAUGUCACAUAUGCCAUAAGCCUUCAAAAAAUCGCGUUGGUUUAGAUCAACACAUACGGAACGUGCAUCGCGGACGACCCAACAACAAAAUGUGUCACCACUGCGGGAAAGGAUUCCCGACCAAGGUGCAGUUAGAGUCACACAUAAGAACACAUACCGGGGAACGACCGUUCAUAUGCGAAUUCUGUCCAACAACCUUCUCGCAGCAAUCAAACCUGUACAAGCACAACCGACAGGUACAUCUCAACAUCAAAUCCAAACGAUACCCACUCUGCAAGAAACCCAAACAGGAAGAAUUGCACAAACCCCAAACCGUGGAGGAGUUCCGCCCCGUCGCGUUGCUGCAUUUCGAGCCCGAGCGAGGGUUCCUAUGAUCUGUCAAUUUAUAGAUUAUUUAUUGAUUCAGUGGGCUUAACUAUAGAGAAGCAUAGAGUGGUCUCUCCAUACAUCAGUUUAGUUACCAAAACGCUUAUUGAAGUAAAACUUCUUUAGGCGCGACUAGAGGGUAACUAAAUUUUUUUUUCUGACGGAAGUAACGCUCAAUAGUGACACACACACGUCAAAGUGCCAACAUAGCGAUAAACGUUAUCGUCAAAGAAGUUUAACUUCAAUCGCGCGUAAAUUACACGCUUUAAAUUUCGUAGUCGAAUUAGCGUCAAGUAGCUGAAUUAUCAGUACUGCUACUCGACACUAGAUGUCGCGACGAACAGAAAGUCUAAUGCUCAACAAUUUUCAGCUAAUAUUAUAACCGGAUUAACUGGAACUCUAUUUGCAACUCCUUCUGCUUAUAAUAUUAGUUAUAAAUUGUUGAGCAAUACACUUUUCGUCAGUCGCGACACAUGUGACAUCUAGUGUCGAGUAGCAGUACUGAUAGUUCCGCUACUUGACGCUAGAUGUAGACUACGAAAAUAAUAGUCUUUUUGGUAACAAAACCGAUGUAUGGAGUGAACACUCUAUGUCUUCUUAAUUCUCUUUGAUAAAUCAUAAAACCAAGUAUUAUUGAAAUUUCGUUUUUAUAUCAACUUUAUCAGGUAAUAAAAACCGUUGCGUGGCGAUAUUGACCAAUGUGUUCGGUUUUAAGUAUAAGUGCGUGCGCUGCAUUUCUUGGUAAAUAUAUUUUGUACAUAACUCGUUUAGUAUACAGGGUGGCUAAAAAAUAAGUGCAUUCCCGUUGCCAGGGAGGUUUUGGGAUUAUACUGAGCAAGUUUUACUAUGGAACCAACCCCGAAGUCGUGAAAAAAAAUUUGGCUGUUUCAUACAUUUUGGCUGGUCCAUUUUCUAUGGGAGGGUAAUUUUUUUUAUCGCGAUUUCGUGGUUGGUCCCAUAGUAAAAGUUGCUCAGUAUAAUCUCAAAACCUCCCUGGCAACGGGAAUGCACUUAUUUUUUAGCUAUCCUGUAUAGGUGCAUCAGAAGUGAUUGUUUUUAUGCUUAUGUAUGACGUUAUCACAAAGACUGCUAAGAUUAAGUUUUGUAUGUAGUCUUAAUUUAUUAGAUAAAUGUGACGUUUUCAACCAAAAGGUACCACAUUGUCGGUCGAUAAGGUUGAUUUUAAAUUGAAGCUAUAUGGAAAUAGCGCCUUAUUUACAACCGACAAUAAGUACCCUUUUGGUUGAAAAUGGCACAAAUAUUGUACAAAAAUAACCUGU